AGUGGUAAAACGUUUGCUUACAUAUCUCUGACUUAUUAAAGUGACAAGUUGAUAUAUUAGUGAGAAAUGUCAAACAAAGGUGUCCAAUUCAGCGUGUAAAUGAGAUACAGUAUUGCAUUACAUGAUAAGCAAAGACACACAAGGCAGCGAGCACAGCGCGAAGGUGCGGGUAGUACCUCCAAAGUUCUGAUCACAGCCACUUGCACCCUGGCAGCAAGCGGUCGCCUUCACACUCACCAGGAGUACCCACACGUGCUGGGCGGUGGUGAAGUGUCCUGAAAUGCAACGCUGAGGGAAUCGCUGCUUGAUGAAACGCCAUCAGACAAAUGUAGGAGAGAAAGAGAGAGCAUUACGUAACAAAUCAUGACAAGUAUCCUGUCCGUGUAACUUUGUCUCAGCAGUAGAGUGACCUCACCCAGGCGGGUACACCCCACUCUCUCGUGGCGGAGCCUUACCCACGAAGGCCACAGAGUCGGUGGUGUCGAGCAUGGGAGGCGGGGGGAGAUCUUAUUCCCUAACAAAGCAAGUGAAUAAAAUCAGGUAUAAAUAUCGGCGGUCACCUGAUGCUGGACACAUCCACAUCUGCCACCGUCACUGCACAAUGACCGCCAAGAUGCUCCUCCUCCUGGCUCUGGUGGCAGCUGCCGCCGCCGAGGGCUCUCACUCCCACGAGGACCUCUACAGGUCCCACGAAUCCUACGAGUCCGAGGAGCCCAAAUACGAGUACAACUACCAGGUCAAAGACGACAACGACAACGACUUCGGUCACGAGGAAAACCGUGACGGCGACCUCACCCAAGGGUCAUUCUACAACCACCUGCCCGACGGCCGCCGCCAGACGGUGAAGUACGUGGUGGACGGACAUUCCGGUUUCGUGGCCGACGUCAGCUAUGAGGGUGAGGCUCAUUACGACUCUGGGUCCUACGAGCCCCAUCCUCGGGAGGUCCGGGAGUCUUCCAGGCCAGGUCACGGAUCAGGUUCCCGUGAGCAGCAAGAGUCUCCUUUUAGUUUCCUCUCCCGCCACUCCCGUCAUUCCGGUGAAUCCAAAUUUAGAUUUGGAUUCCAGGAAUCGCUUGAGUCCCGUAGGGCCAGAGAGUUCAAGGAGUCCACAGAGAACAAUGGUAACUCAAGGUCCUCAGAGUCCAGGAGGUACCACAGUCCCGUGUACUACCAUCCCGUGUUUGACUCAGUAGAGUACCAGUCCAGGUCUGAAGAGAGCGAAGAGGACUACCUGACGUCCACCGCAUAUUUCAUCGAGAACUACAGACCACAGAUCCGCUACCAGCCAAGUUAAGCAGUCCUGCCUCCAAGGAAAAUUUUCCUCGUCCUUUAAGUCUAGAUGAUUCCAGCUCAGACAGGCAGAAACAAGAUCUUACUUUCUCUGACCUCCACGUCCCGCGCUGUCCUUCACUGCAGCGCGAGUGUGCCUGAAUCAAUAAACGAACAAUGACACACGUGAAGAACAAGGUCACGUGAAAUUUGUGCUGUUCCCAUUACAAACAAA